AUGCCCUCCGACUCGCUCAAGUCAGACACCGCCAUCCACUACCCAUUCCUGUCGUUCCAGGACAACACGAACCAGCCGAGCUACGAUAUCACGUACGAUCUCCCCUCGACAAAGUGUCUGGGCACCUUCCGGACCAUGGCGACGGCCUCCCACUCCCCGACCGAGAACCGGCCACUCAACCCCAACGUCGUAUUCCCACCGGCUUCGCUCAAGUCCCGCGUCUGCUCCGACUCCUCCCGCGACGGGAGCGGCUCGCCCAGGGCGUUUGCGCGGCUCACUUUCAGCUUCGUCCGGGCGCUGCGCGCCGUGGCCAUCGCCUUCGCCAUCAGCCUCGUCGUCGUCAAUUGCACGACCCAGAACCCUUACUAUAGGGUCUCGGCUCUCUUCAUCUUCUUCUUCGUCGCGCAGCUCAUCUGGCUCGUCCUCGCCCUGCUGACCCAGGGCAACCGCCGUCGCCGGGACCAUGGCACGUGUUUUACCGUCGACUUCGGAUUCGUCGAGUGCAUCUUCAGACGGCGGGGCCGCGAUAGCGAUGACGACGGACACGAGCGCGACGGCGUGCUGAGCUGGUUGGUGGACGACGGCGGGAAGCAGAGGAAGAUCAAGAGCCUGGUCUACACUGCCGUCGACACCAUUUUCGCCAUCAUCACCUUCACCCUUGGCGUCGUUGCUACGAGCAAUCACGGACUCUGGUACUCGGAACACCACGUCCCCGUUGCUGUCCUUGGUAUUUUUGUUGGCGUCUUCGAAGGCGCCAUCGCGAUUUCUCAGCAAUUCGCCAUUCUGAAGAGCGCCAAGAUCCAGAUCAUGUGGGACGAGGAUGAGGAGACGGACCUUGGCUCGCACAAGUACCGCAUCCGGCUGCCCCAGAGUCCUGAGCAGAGGCAUGCCGCCAUGUCUGUCACGGCGUAG